AUGAAACUUCCACCUGAUUUCCAUGUUCCUUCCCACUGGUCUUCUGAGCGAUUUGAAGCUGAAAUCAGCAAACAUUUAGCCUGGCCACUUCCUCUAAAAUCGUCCAAGCCUCCUUUGAAGUCUACUGCAUCGAUUGAUUCACAUCUUUGGGUUGACGAUUAUUUGUGUUCACAAGAAUCAGAGAAUUUUUCUACAAACACAAUAUACAACUAUAGUUAUUACGACGAAGAAAAUCAUGAAGAGGACCUUGAAGAGAAAAAAACUGAUGAUAAACGGCGUAAGGGCUCCAUUUAUCCUGUUGCUGUCUUUGUGUAUGCCACAAAUUCCUGUUGCCUUUCAACUAAAUAUACACUCGAUGAAGCAGAGACAAUUGACUUCAGAUCUUUGCCAAUACGGGCCUCUUCUUCCUCUUUGGAUCUAAUCGCCUGGCUCUGUGGACUUGAAGUAGAUGUAGAUGAGUCUGGAAUUGGCCGUAUCCAUAUGACUUCAAAUGAGCAAAGCAUUGAAAUUGGCUCAACAUCGUUCCAGGGCAUCACUAAUCCUGCACUAAUCGCUUUUAGCCGUCUACUCUUGCAUGAGAUGUGCCUUUUUUGGCGAGUCUAA